AUGAAGGGGAUUGAGAAUGUAUCUGGUUUUACCCCACUCAAGAACAAGAUUGGCGGCAGCGGGACCUCCCCAAGUGCGAAUGUCCCACUGACAAGCACCAUUCGUCACCGACCAGCCUUGCACGUGGAUCAAACCAAUACGACACGAUGCGUUAGGCCGAAAGGCAACUGGCUCGAUAACAAGGGGAAAGAGCGGCCACUGGUGCAAUAUGCACUCAUGAUUGAUGCCGGAAGCACUGGAAGCAGGGUGCAUGUCUACAAGUUCAACUUUUGUGAAAAGGCGCCAGAACUAGAGGAUGAGUUCUUUGACAAGGUGCAAGGGGGACUUUCCAACUUCAAAGACAAUCCAUCAGGUGCAGCCGACUCGCUUCGGCCACUGCUAGAGAAAGCGUUACAGCGAGUUCCUUUGAGCCUGCGAGCAUGCGCACCGAUCGCAGUGAAAGCGACUGCAGGUCUGCGCCUCCUGGGACCUCAGCAAAGCGAGGCCAUUCUCGCCGAAGUCAGAAACAUGCUUGAGAAGGACUAUCCGUUCCCCAUCGCUGACGGGAAAGACAUCAACGGUCGUCGGCAGGGGGUCAAAGGAGUGCAGAUCAUGGACGGGAAAGAGGAGGGUGUUUAUGCCUGGAUCACUGUCAACUAUCUGCUUAACCGUAUCGGCGCUUCACAAGGCGCAAUAGGUCGCUCAACAGCAGAACACAGCAGAACAGCAGCAGUGAUAGACCUCGGAGGAGCGUCGACGCAGAUCGUUUUUGAACCCACAUUCAAGACCAACUCGCAGGGCAUGUCUCCGGGUAAACAUGUCUACGAGCUGAAGGAUUUCGGGGCGCGGCCGCUCACACUGUACCAGAACUCGUACCUUGGCUAUGGCCUGAUGGAAGCGCGCAACUCGAUAAACUCGCUCGCCUCUUUCGUGUGGAACCUCUCCCACCCAAAUGCGCUGCGCCAAGGGGCACUGGCAGCAAGCGACCCAAGCAGUCUGACAGUGCCGCACCCUUGCUUCGCCAAAGACCGCCAAAAGCCAGUCAACCUCAAGCACGGCGGAGCAGCGGAGACGAAGGUCAUCUUCAAAGGCACCGGCGCUGGGUUUGAUGCGUGCCGGCGCUUCGUUGAGGUGAUGAUGGACAAGGAUGCGGUAUGCCAACGCAAGCCAUGCUCCUUUGCGGGGGUGUACCAGCCUUCGCUGAUGUCCGCCUUUGCCGAAGCGCCGAUCGUGGCGCUGUCCUACUUCUACGACCGGCUCGUGCCACUCGGCCUCGAGUCGACGUUCACGGUCGCUGAACUGGCGUCUCUGGCGAAGGACGUGUGCAAGGCGCCGUCAACGUGGGCCACGCGCUUUCCCGCGAGCAAGUACCCGGAAGCGCUGAAGGAGCUGGAAGGCCGCCCAGAGACGUGCCUGGACCUGACAUUCAUGCACAGCCUGCUCAGCCUCGGGUACGAGCUCGAUGACAGUCGCACCGUCACUGUCGCCAAGAAGCUCGCAGACACCGAGCUCGGCUGGGCGCUCGGAGCGCAGUUGGCUGUGCUCGAGGAGGAUGGCGUGCUGUGCAAGAUGGUGCGGUGA